UCUGUCUGGCCUUCUCUACUGAGAGCUGAACAGAGCUAUAAGACCAGAUGGGAAUAGCAUUAGUGGUAGAUGAGGGACAAAGGAUCCAGAAAACACCAACAUUUUAAAACAACAAAGUAAAGCCUCUUUCAAGAAAUCUGUUGGACAAUUAUGCUGGUUGUUCUCCUCACUAUGUCACUGGCUGGGAGAUGGAGCACUCGGGAGCCCUGUAGUUUUGGGAUACACAUUACAUUAAGCAACAGGGCCCGUAAUGAGCAAAAUUAUCUUCACAAUCCUAAAAUACUUCCUCCAAGGAUGGGCUGAAGCAGUGAGGAGAUGGACUAUGGGCGGAAGGAAGUGUAGUGAGGAGGGCUGCAGGUAUCAAGCUGAUCUCCACUUCACCAACCUAAGUCUCAUCCGACCAGCCAGUUUCCCUGCAGCCAAUCACAAUCCGGAAGGGGGAUUAAAGGAAGUCCAGCUACAGUAUUCUAGGCCCGAGCAACUCGGUCACAGCCUUACUGUGACUACAGAAGUCUUGCUUCCUGAGUUACUACGUUUACCAUCUAUGCACCAGGGUCUUACCGGUUCCAGUUCGGUUCUACUACGCCUCACUGGUUCCAGUCCAGUUUUCCAAGCAUUACCAGUUCCAGUCCAGUUCUACAAGGCUCACCGGUUCAAGUCCAGUUCUACAAGCCUUACCGAUUCCAAUCUGGUUCUACAAGCCUCACCAGUUCCAGUCCAGUUUUACAAACCUUACUGGUUCCAGUCUAGUUCUACAAGCCUCACCAGUUCCAAUGUGGUUUUUACCAAAGCCUUGCUGGUUCAGUCCAGAAUUAACAGAGUCUCAUCCCAAGUGUCAUCAUCCCAGUACCAGCCCAGUCAGCACUGCAGUCCAGCAUCUAUUCUAAGUGCCAUCAUCCCAGUUCCUGCCUUGUCAGCACUCCAGUUCAGUAUUAGUCCAGUUCAGCUCGGAGCCUCUUCACAAGUGAUUCAGCAUGUCUAAUAUCUCAAUUGCAAUAGUUCCCCAACAAGCACAUAACUUUCUGAUGCAAGGUGGUCACAUUGGCAGAGGAGCAAAGGUUUGAGUAGGCAGGGGAGAAGAGAGGAGUUAGGCGGAAGGACGUUCCAUAUGGUGUAGCCAAACUGCAAGACAUUGCCUUUAGAAACUGUGCAGAAACAUUUGUGGAGCAAGAAUAUUGUAUUGCGAUAAAUGGCUUACAUUUUCUAACCCCUUUUGAUUAGCUGUCUUAGACUUCAUCAACUAUUCAAUCACAGUCAAUCAUGGAAUAAUGUUUGUGAUUGGUUGGGUUUGUGGAUUUUUUUAUGGUGAUUUUCUAGAGUGUGGACUAUUUGGACUAUGACAGAUCAUGGUAGACAUUUUAUUUUUUUAUUCAGUACAGUAAUGGACAAGAGAUUGUGCUGUAUUUUAUUCAACUAAAGUUUGAUUUUUUUUAACCUUUUUGUUAUACUGUAAUUGGCAUGAGUAUUUUAGAAGAUGCAAUUUCAUCUGUCCUGUUUGCACCAUUGUAGUGUUUGUGCAGUGUUUGUGCAGUCUUUUAUUCAAUCAAAGUUUGUUUGCAUUUUUACUCUUUUUAAUAUAAUUUCAAUGGAGAUU